CAUGUACGUCCCGAUGCUACGGUUAACCCAACCACAUAAUCGCCCGCCCGGCAUCGAGCUGGGAAUUGUGUUUAUCUGGGUUUCGUGACCCCGCCUUGAAUAGUAGUACCUAGGUGGUUGAACUUUCGGUUUGCAGCAUGCUGACAUCCAGGAUUCCGAGUCAGUGACUGCGAGGGCUCGAACGAUAACCUUGGUGAUUUUAGACAACUCCCUUACUAUCAGAGACAACCUGAAGUGGACUUACGGGAUGGUACAUCACUGAGACAAAUUCGAACCAGAACCAGGUCCCAGCUUGCAAACAUGGGCGGCCUGUGGAGUAGGAAGAUCACGGUCAGCGACGACACGGUCACGAGUGCCGCGCUCUUGACCUUGAGGCAGUCAAUGGUUCCAAAUUUGCUUGUUACCGUGCUGUUUUUCCUCUGGGGCUUCGCCUACGGCCUGCUCGAUGUCCUCAACUCGCACUUCCAGAGAGAGCUAAACAUCUCGGCGAGCAUGGCCGCGGGCCUAUCGUCGGCCUAUUUCGGCGCCUACUUCAUCUGCCCGCCGACUGUGUCCGGGUGGAUCCUGCACCGCUUCGGGUUCCGGGUGACUUUUAUGAGCGGGCUGGGCAUAUUUGCCGUGGGGUGUCUGCUGUUUUGGCCGUCGGGCGUGAACCGGUCCUUUGGCGGCUUCUGCGGCAGCAUGUUUGUCGUCGGCGCGGGGCUGGCCACCCUCGAGACCGCCGCCGACCCGUUCCUGUCCAUCUGCGGCCCGCCCCGCUACUCCGAGAUCCGCCUCAACCUGGCCCAGGCCGUGCAGGGCGUGGGCUCCUUCGUCGCGCCACUGCUGGCGUCAAGGGUCUUCUUUGCGCACACGGUGGAUGAUGUGGACGGGUUGAGGAACGUCCAGUGGGUGUACCUGGGCGUGGCGUGCUUCAACGUCUUGUUGAUCGCACUCUUCUUCCUUGCGCCCAUGCCCGAGAUCACGGAUGCCGAUAUGCACCAGCAAGAGAACGAGAUUGGGGGGUAUGACCCGGGUCCGUUCCGCAAGCAGACAAAUCUGUUCCUGGCUGUGUGGUCUCAGUUUUGUUAUGUCGGUGCGCAGGUGGCUGUCGCGAACUAUUUCAUCAACUUCUGUGAGGAAGCCGGGCGUGAUCGGCCUACAUCAUCUGAUCUCCUCGCUGUUGGCCAGGGUCUCUAUGCCUUCAACCGCUUCGUCGCCGGCGGCCUUCUUACCAUUCCAAUGUUCAGGCCCCGCUACAUGCUGGCGGUCUAUCUCGGGCUCUGCUUCGUGUUUGUGGUUGCAGCAAUGAACACGGCCGGCACCGUGUCUAUCGCCAUGCUGAUCCUGGUCUUGUGCUUCGAGUCGUGUUGCUUUGCCACCAUCUUCACGCUCGGCCUCCGUGGACUAGGGCGGCACACGAAAAGGGGCGGGUCGCUGCUGGUUGCGGCGAUUUCCGGGGGAAUGGUCUUUCCGCCUAUGACUGGAGCGGUUCUGGAUAGGCGGAACGCCCACGUCGCCAUGGCCAUACCAAUGAUGGGCUAUAUCCUGGCCUGGAUCUAUCCUCUCUAUGUUAACGUCUGGAAGAAGGAUGUCAUGGACACCCAUCGAGAAACAAAGGUCGGUAUUGUGCCACCGGCGGGCAAGGACAAGUCGCUUCAUCUCGAGGGGCAGGCGGUGGGCCCAGAGAAGACAGGUGCCGGGGCAGCGCCAGAGGUCCAGGAGCUUCCCACCUAGGAAAGAGAUAGUGUAAGCAACGUUGAAAGAAGCAGCAGUUGAGGUGAAAAUCACACGAUCAACCCUAACCCCAGAGACUCAAGGCAAAGCCGCGCAUGUGCCU